GUAAAAUUAAAAAUCUGAAAUUUUAUCAAACAAAGUAAGAUUAAAUAGGAGGACAAAACAGUAAUUAAAACAUAAGCUUCCCGAACUAAAAUUAUUAAACAAGAAAUAAAAAAGAAUAAAACCCUAAAUUUCGAUUGUCCGUCUUCCCCAACUCUCCUUUCUCCAACUCGCCGCCUCUUUCAACUCACAGAACCACCGUCCGUCAAAAAAACUCUUGGUAAUGGAGCAUAAACUAGCCACUGCUGAGAAAAAAUUGCUAGUAGACCUAGUCAAGCUAGUACAGAAACGAGGUUUGGAAGGCGAGAACGGAGGAUGGAAGGAAUUUCUAAAUGUUUACGACAAAAAAUUAGGAUCGAGUUUGAGUGAUCCUGCGAGACGUUCCAAUGAUGUUUUGGUUGCUUUUCUUUUGACAUUUAAAAAGAAAGAAGAUUUGCAGCUAAUAGCUAGGGUUAUGCAAUGUGGUGCUAAUCGUGAACUAAUUGAGAAAUUCAAGCAAGAGACUCCGGAUAAAGAGACUCCUGAGCAGAGGCUAGUUCGAUUGACUAUUACUCAUGACGAUUAUCCUGGAAACUAUACGUUCCCUUCCUACGCUGAGGAUUGGUAUGUAACUGAGCUUGGAAAGAAGAAGUCGAAAGUGAUUAAAUCUACUAGAAUGCUUUCUAUUGAUUGUGAGAUGGUUACCUGUGAAGAUGGGAGCCAGGCUUUAGUUAGAGUUGGCGCUGUGGACCGUGACUUAAAGGUGGUUCUUGACAAAUUUGUGAAACCGGACAAACCAGUUAUUGACUAUAAGACGGAUAUUACUGGAGUUACUGCUGAGGAUCUUGAGAGAGCUACUCUUUCUGUUGCAGAUAUUCAAAAAAAAUUGCGUAGGUUUCUUUCUGUGGGAACUAUUUUGGUAGGUCAUGGUUUGCAUAAUGAUCUUCAAGUGUUGAGGAUAGAUCAUGCGAGAGUAAUAGAUACUUCAUAUGUAUUUGAGUUUGUCGAUGCACCAAAGACUCAAAGACCUUCUUUGAAUAAUCUAUGCAAGUCUGUUUUAGGUCAAGAAGUGCGAAUGGACGGUGCUGCUCACAAUUGUGUUCAUGACGCAGCAGCUGCCAUGAAACUUGUACUUGCUGCUGUAGAAAAAGGAGCAGCCACUUUAAUUCAACCAACUGAAGAAAUGAUGGUGGCUGAAAAGAGAAGACAGGAGGCAAGACAGGAGGCUGGUAAGGCACAGCUCUUCCUUCAUAAAAUCCCUCACGAUGUUCCAUCUGAAGAGUUACAUGGAGUUCUUAGCGGGAAUUUCACACUUGUUGUUAAGCCACCAAAAACAGGAGGUUAUUCUACUGCAGUCGUUGAUUUUAGUAGUCCGGAAGAAGCAAAUGAAGCAUUUGAAAAUGUUGAAGGAGACGUAGCUAAGGAUAAAUCGGGUUUGCCACAAAAAAAGGCUGUGUUGAAGCUGAGUUCUGGAUUAGCAGUUAGUUUAUUCGUUCGUAAAAUGGUUCAAGAUGAUUCUCCGUGUGAAAUCUCUACCUCCGAGAGAGCUCGUGCAGAGGAGAACAAUGUGAGUUCUAAGAGACAGAAGACGGAAGAUGAAACUGAGGAGACCAAAGAAGCAACUGUAAACCAAAGAGAGGCUGAUAAGACAAAGCUUUUCCUUCAUAAAAUCCCACACGAUGUUCCAUCUCAAGAGUUACAUGGAGUUCUUAACGGGGAUUUCACACUCGAUGUUAAGCCACCAAAAAGAAAAGGAGGUUACUACAAUGCAGUCGUUGAUUUUAAUAGUCCAGAAGAAGCAAAUGAAGCAUUUGAAAAUGUGGAAGGAGACGUAGUUAAGGAUAAGACGGGUUUGCCACAAAAAAUGGUUGUAUUCAAGCUGAGUUCUGGAUCAGGAGUUAGUUUAUAUGUUCGUAAAAUGGUUCAUGAUGAUUCUCCGGGUGAAAUCUCUACAACCAAGAGAGCUCGAACAGAGGAGAGCAAUAUGAGUUCUAAGAGACAGAAGACAGAAGAUGAAUCUGAGGAGACCAAAGAAGCAAAUGCAAAGCAAAGAGAGGCUGAUAAGACAAAGCUCCUCCUUCAUAAAAUCCCUCUCAAUGUCCCGUCUCAAGAGUUAAAAGUAGUUAUUACCGGGCAGUUCACACUUGAAGUUAUGCCACCCAAAAGAAAAGGACGUUAUUACAAUGCAGUUGUUACUUUUAAUAGUCCAGAAGAAGCAAAUAAAGCAUUUGAAAAAGUUAAAGGAGAAGCAGUUAAGGAGAAAGGUGGUUUGGCACAAAAAAUGGUUGCGUUUAAGCUGAGUUCAGGAUCAGGAGCUUGUUUAUACGUUCGUAAAAUGGUUCAAGAUGAAUCUGAGGAGACCAAAGAGGCAAAUGCAAACCAUUGUGAGGAUGAUCAUUUAAAAGAAAUGGAAGAACUGAAGGAAAAACUCAAAGCUAUGGAGUUCGCAAUCAGCUGCGAAGGUCAUUCAAAAGAAAUUGAAGAACUGAAGCAGAAGCUCAAUGCCAAGGAACAUCAGAUACAGGCUCAGGAUAAGAUUAUAGCCAACCUCAAAAUGAAACUGGAGAAGAAACAGUCAAAGUCUCGGUCAUGAUUUAACAGAAAUCAACCAUGGCUCAAGUUAGGGAGUUCACUGCACCUGUUUUUGUUGUCUGAAAUUUUUGCUGUUUUAAGGUUAAGAGAAGUCAGGAGACUAUGUUGUCUUCCAAGUUUUGUUUUAGAGCUAAGUAUCGAUUUGAAGAACUUAAAACAUCUCAUAUGAUUUUUGUACUGUAUACAAUGAAGCUAAUGCACACAAAACAAUUUUCCGAU